GCCUCCAUUGCUCACAUGAUGGAGGCGCCGCCUGACAGGGGGCCGGGCGGCGGUAUGGCGGCUGCGGGGCCCGAAGAGGGGGGUGAGCGCUCCGCUGGGGACAGCGGGAACGUCUCUCAGAGCCACAGCAACGCAUCGGGGCUGGGGGGGCAGGAGGAUGACGAGGGGGACGCGCUGGAUGCGUCGCUCAGCGCCACCGCCGCCGCCUAUAGCACGUACCUGCUGGUGGAGCGUAGCGCCUACAGCGAGCAGGUGGAAAGCUUAGAGAAGAGCCUGGAAGAGCUGCUGACGAGAGUGGAUGAGUUUGUGGGGAUGCUGGACAUGAUUCGAAGCGAUUCAUCCCAAGUUAUCAACGAGAGCAUACCUGAAAUUUACACCAAAGCCACAGAGAUGAGGCAGGUAUACAGGAGGAUCGACAAGCUGGAGGCUUUUGUGAAGAUGGUUGCAAACCACGUGGCAGGAAUGGAAGAACGGGUUGUAAAGGCAGAAACAGACCUUGGAGCUUUUCCAAGCACCUUCAAGAAAAUCUUGCACACGAUCAGCAUACCAUCCUUCCGUAACAAAUCGUCUUCCUCACGACAGCAGACUGCCUAUGAGCCUCCUGUCCUCUUCAAGACUGAAGACUAUUUUCCAUGUCCUAAUGAAGCACCUUAUUGACAGUUUUGGUUUUGGAGUUGGUGUGAAUCAGCCAGAACAGGACAAGCCAAGUAAACAAAAGAAAUGACAGCCUCAAAAUAGCUGCAUUUCUAAGUAUUAUUAAUGGCAUAUUGCCGUUAAGAUUGCCACUGUCUUCCUACAGGCAGCGUUUUCAGGUUCUCUUUUUGGGUGUGUUAUUUGAAAAGUCUUCCAAAAACACAGUGUAUAUUUUCAGUUUAUAAUGAGGAAGGAACUUUAAAAACUUCCUGCAUUAGGGUUUGGGGCUUGUUUUUGUUGUUGUUCUUUUUGUGUUUUUUUUUUUUUAAAGAGAAAUAAUAGGAAACAUACUUUUAUACUGCAUCUCUUUUAACACUUAAAUCAGGGCUGCUGUGCCACGAGGCUGUUACUUUUGUUUGUUCUUUUUUUAUUUAAACAUACUGGAGUGAAAGAAAAGCUCUAUGCAUAAAAUCAUGGUAAGCUUUGGAACUUGAUCCCUGCAGCCCGUGUGGAGAAUUACACCACCUCAGGAUGUGCAGGUGGCCAGAGGAGGACUAGGAAGAUUGGUGAGGAGUCGAGGACGUGACUUGGCUUGGGCAGUGUAGUCCAAGCUCAUGAUGUGAACAUCCUGCCCUUCCUGAUGGCCAUCAGGUCAUUGUGACCAGAGCUUCUGAUUAUUGCAACGUGUUAUCAUGUGAUGUAUAACCAGGUGGGCAUGGUGUAUAUUUAAUCUGCUGUCAGAAAGAAAAGGGAUGUAAGUUGAGGUAGAGCCAUCUUUGGGCUGAGCCUGUAUUGAAUGCUUCACCUGACUGAAUGCUAUUCCUUCUCACACUUCUGUGCAGUGACUGAGACUGUCUUUGCUGCCUGGAAUGUGAAUAAAUUAUCAAUAAACGAUUGGCUUAUAUAACACCUGAA